AGAUAUUUAUUUCUCCCCCUCACGCCUGCUCACAGAACAGAAGCCACCGGCAAAGAGAGAGCCUCUGCCGAUUCAGUAGCAAUUCUCUGGUUGGUGUUCGUCACUUGAUCUCAGCUGCUGCUGCUGCUGCUGCUGCUGUGUGUGUGUGUGUGUGUCUGGGAAGAAACAAGGAGAGGGGAGAGAUGGCUUGCCCUGCGCAGUACAUGCUCUCGUCCAGCGGCUGCAUCUUCCUGGGGAGCUGCAAGCCUCAGACGAGCCUCGUCCGAGGCGCCGUCACCGGCGGCGUCAGCGGCAGCAGGCCGUUCCUGCUCACCUGCAGCGCCUCGUCGUCUCCGUCCCCUUCCUCGCCGGUGCCGGCGCAGGAGGACUCCGACUGCAACGAGGAGGAGUGCGCCCCGGAGAAGGAGGUCGGGAGCCUGAGCGCCGAGUGGCUGGCGGAGGAGCGGACCCGGGUCGUCGGAACCUUCCCGCCCAGGAAGAGAGGGUGGACCGGCCUCGUCGAGAAGGACACCGCCGGCCAGACCAACAUCUACUCCGUCGAGCCGACGGUGUACGUGGCGGAGAGUGCCAUCAGCUCCGGCACGGCGGGCACGUCGGCGGAGGGGGCCGAGAACACGGCUGCCAUCGCGGCGGGGCUCGUCCUCAUCACCGUCGCCGCGGCGUCGAGCAUCCUCAUCCAGGUGAGCAAGCAGCAGCCGCAGGUGCCCGAGGCCGCCUACAGCGGCCCGCCGCUCAGCUACUACGUCGCCAAGUUCCAGCCUGCGGUGGAAGCGCCGGCGCCGGCGGAGCCCCUCGAGGCCCCCGCCCCCGCGGAGGCGGUCGUCGCCCAGGACACCCCCGCCAUCGAGGCUUCUGCGCCGGCACCGGAGGCUGAUCUGCUGUCCUCGUGAGCUCGUGUUGUAGUCAAGAUUCAGUUUUCGUGGCAGCUUACACACAUGAGCUUGUAGUGAAGGAUACGGUGGGAGAGAAUACAGAUGGUCCUCGUGAGCAUUUCCGAAUUGUAAAACUUUCGUGCAUGUAUAUAUAUACAGUGCAUCAGCAUGGCUAUAUGCUUGUAUGAAACCCCACGACACUCGCACAAACCAAGCAUAUUGUUCAGCUGUAGCUGUAACACAAUGAACAUACCUAAUUUUCCAAUUCAAUUUGCA